AUGGAGGCCAUUCGCUCGUUGGCGUGCUCCCUGUGGGGGUCCGUCACUUUCUGGAAAGCCGCCGCCAUUUGCUUUGCCUUGCUCAACCUAAAGACUCUCCCCAUUGUGUGGCAUAUCCGCGUUUAUCGCUACUUCUUCAAACAUGGCUACCUCAUCACCCCCGCCGUCGAACAGCCCGCCCGCCCCUGCACCGAGGUUCUCGAGCCCGUUAGCAUCUUCUCCCGCGCCCCCAUCAUGGAACUCGACUUCAACAUGCACAAAUCCAACUCGACCUACUUUUCCGAUCUCGAUGUCUCCCGUACCGCCCUCAUGUCCAACAUUGUCGUCAAGGGUGCCGCGCUCCUGGAAAAACGCCUGCACGCACAAGGAAAGAAAGGAUUCCUGGGUUUCAUUCUCGGCAGCGUCUACACCAGCUUCAAGCGCGAGAUCCCGGCCUACACCAAGUACGAGGUCAAGUCGCAUGUCGCCAGUUUCGAUCAGAAGUGGAUCUACAUUGUCACCUAUUUCCUGAAGCCGGGCAAGGGAAAGAAGGGCCAGGACGACCCCGAGGUUUUGAAGAAGCGUCUCUAUGCUGUGUCUAUUAGCAAGUAUGUCCUCAAGAAGGGCCGCUACACGGUUCCUCCGAAGGAUGUGUUCGAGGCUGCGGGAUACACGCCUUUCCUGUUCGAUACGGCGGAGAAUGGACACGCGACUGGGGUUGAGAACGGACACGUCAAUGGAGAUGCUGUUCAGCGGAAGGAGGCUGCUUCUGAUGUGCAGUCGGAUGAGUGGGAGCGCUUGAAGGCGGAGAUUGAUCGGGGGUUGACUGUUGUGGAGCCGAUCAUUGCUCAGGAGGAGAAGCUUAUGGAGGAUUAUGUUCACAAGAUGAGCAAGCCUGGGUUUGCUUAG